ACCUAGGCCUAAAUACAUCGCAAGAGAGAUUCUCGAGAUUAUUUGUAAACAACAACUGUUUACAAAUAAUACAGUAUUUUUAUCUUUUGACUCUUGACUUAAUUUACUAAUUGAACUAUGUAUUCUAAUUCUAAGAAAUCCCAGUUAAAUAGCUAUAAAAAGUUUUUACUAAAUAGAGCUGGUGCGACCAACGUUCUGAGUGAAUAUAUUGAGACAUGUCUAGCCCGGGAUGAUGAAGCUAACAAACAUUCAUUUCAUAAAAUCAUGGUCCAUAACUGGCAAGACUCUGCUCAACAGCUAUGCUCAGUAAUGAGCGACUACUUUUCAAUCAUGUUCAUACCGGUACUGUACACCAAUCAGAACAACAUAGCCACAUACUACACGAGCAGUCUGACACUUAUAUUAAAGAUUAUAAAAUUAGACUUCAUGUUCCCAUAUGAGCGUAACAUGUACAAUAUCGACAUAUUGUUUAAUGACAAGAAUUCUGCAGAUUGUUUUGAUAAUUGGAUCUCAAUUGAGGAUAUUAUCAGCAGUGUUGUAAGCAAUCGCCUAAAUGAGAAAAUGGAAUUAGAUCUCUCAAAUCUAUGCAAUGAUCCUGAAUUUUUGGAGAAGCAGAUAUGUUUCUUCCGGUUCAACUUGUUGUCUCAUUUUAAAAUCCUCAUGAUUAGAAUGGGAAGGGACACAAAGUAUCUCAAUUUAAGUGGCAACAAUUUGAGUCAACUUCCGAUGGACAUUUUGAACUUUUUCAUAAAAGGAAAUCUGAUUGGGAUCAAUUUAAGUAAUAAUAAUAUAACUUCAAUAUCAGAUCUACAAAGGUACAGCAGUAAGAUAGAGAAGAUAUGGCUUGAGGGGAAUCCGUUCUGCGAGGGGAUGGAUGCGCCGACGUACGUGAAACAGAUCACGAUGAAGUUCCCCAGAGUAAUGGAAAUUGAUGGCGUAACACUAAACGAAAACGGUUUGGUGUUGCCAUUCUUCAAAAAUUUCGCCAUCAGCCCUGACAAACACACAAAGAUGCUCAUAGAGAAAUUCCUCAGUAUAUAUUUCUCUCAUUUCGACAACUCUCGUCACAGACUCGACAACUUUUAUUUUCAAAAUCCUAAUUUGACUAUAAAUACUCCUUUUACUGAGGAAGAAGAAUCCCACCUGCCAGCAUCAUUAUCCAACGACACCCGCAACAUACUGAACCCAAUGAAGAACAAGAAGCGGGGGCUGGCAGGGUUCCACAAGAAGCACAUGAGAAGCAAGGCGCAGGUGCUCGGCGCACUGCGGCGGUUCCCGGAAACUGUCCACGACCCCACCACCUUCUGUGUCGAUGUUCUUGUCAAAAAUAAAAACAACUUGAUGGUUAUAAUAGACGGAAUAUUCAAACUGGUGGCGGACUAUCCGAGGAACGUAUUUCAGUUCAGAAGGACAUUCAUCUUUCAAGCAGUCACCAAUCACCCGAGCACAGCGUUCUACAUCGUCAACGACGUGUUCCACAUUGAUUUCGCUACUCCUGAGCAAAUUCAGAACAGUUUUUUGCAACCAUCGCGAAAUUUAUACGACCUCACGCUCAUAAACCCAGAACCUGAGGAGAAAGACAUGGUGACCAACGCAUUUUGUUACCUGACACAGCUCAGGAAAGUUGAAGCAGUGAGCCGACUGAAGAAUUGCCAUUGGGAUAUAAAGAAGGCGUUAAAAUCCUUCAUGAAUGAAAUGAAGACAGAUUCAAUAGCUAUGGACAAAUUUGCUGUGGAUUUAGACGAAGCUGAUCUUUCAGCUGAAGAAAAUAUGGAUGAGGAUGAAGUAGAUUAAAAAAUAUAUAUAUUUUA